AUGGGCCGACUUCUCGAGCUCACCUUCUCCGGCGGUCACCUGCGUCGCCUGGAGCAGGAGCGCAUGGUUCCGGGCUUCCAGGCCCAGCGCCUGCAGCCCUCGCGCAAGCCACGCGUAGUCAUUGUGAAGAAGGAGAAUGUAGGCUUUGUGCCACGCGCUCAGCGGCAGCCGAAUGUGGCAUGGUGGCACCAUUCGCUCUGUGAUGGGGCCCUCACCGUGAAGGACCUCAAGGAGCUCAUCUACGUUGGCGAAGAUCCAAGAACCGGUGAGAACAUUUUUUCCUCUAUGGCAGACAACCUUGCUGGGCGUCGACUCUCACAGCUGGUCUGGGCGCCGUCCAAGGACGGGUACGUGUUCGAGAUGUCGCGGCCGGAGCAGGCGGCCUAUGGCCUCGCCAUGUCGCUUAUCCGCUGGCACGCCUCCAGCCGGUUUUGUGCCAACUGCGGCACCGCAACGGACCCGGCGCGCGAUGUUGGCCUCAGUCGGUUUUGCCCCGAGUGCGGAAAGCAGCACUUCCCCCAGCUUGUGCCCGCCGUGCUGGUGGCGGUGCUGGACGGAAAGGGCAACGUCAUCCUGUCGCAGCGGCGCAAGGAGAGCAAGGUGCUGACGCUGCUCUCUGGAUUUGUUCUGCACGGCGAGUCGGCCGAGGAGACGGUGCGGCGUGAGGUGGAGGAGGAGAGCGGCGCCAGCGUGAGCGAGGUGCGCUACAUCGGGUCUCAGCCGUGGCCGCACCCGUACCUGAUGAUGAUGUGCUACUACGCGGUGGCUGACGCCUCACCUAGUCUCGUGGUGGAUGCCUCAGAGCUCGAAAAGGUGAUGUGGGUGAGCAAGCAGGACGUGCGGCGUGCGCUGGAGGGGCAGCACUUGGACAUUGAGCUGCGUGGCCCAGGCACCACGCCGUAUGCAAUGCUGAAGCCGUGGGUCGACGGGAAAGUCGAUGACCGCGGGCGAGACACGAAGCCACAGAGCCAACUCUGA